AUGGCGACCGCCUCGCCCUACCCGACGACGCCGUGGCUGCGGCCACCGCCUCUCACGGGACUCUUGGGUCUCCUCCUCCUCCUCCUCCUCCUCCUCCUCGUCUCCCUCUCCCCGUCGAUUGCACUAGCGGGCGCGGGCGCGGAGGCGGCGGGGGUUCUGAGGCAAGUGGUUGGUGGGGACGACGACGGCGGGACCUUCUUCGAGCCGUUCAACGUGACCUACGACCACCGCGCGCUCAUCCUUGGCGGGAAGCGCAGGAUGCUCGUCUCUGCGGGGCUGCACUACCCGCGCGCCACGCCCGAGAUGUGGCCGAGUUUGAUUGCAAAGGCCAAGGAGGGCGGCGUGGAUGUAAUUGAGACAUAUAUCUUUUGGAAUGGGCACGAGCCGGCCAAAGGCCAGUAUUACUUUGAAGGAAGAUUUGAUAUUGUCAGGUUUGCUAAGCUGGUUGCUGCUGAAGGUCUAUUUCUUUUUCUGCGUAUUGGCCCAUACGCUUGCGCUGAAUGGAAUUUCGGUGGUUUCCCAGUUUGGCUGCGUGACAUCCCUGGGAUAGAAUUCCGCACUGACAAUGAACCCUACAAGGCUGAAAUGCAGAAUUUUGUGACAAAAAUCGUAGAUAUCAUGAAAGAGGAGAAACUUUAUUCUUGGCAAGGUGGUCCCAUUAUACUACAGCAGAUUGAAAAUGAAUACGGUAACAUUCAAGGCAAGUAUGGUCAAGCAGGGAAGAGAUACAUGCAAUGGGCAGCUCAGAUGGCACUUGCACUUGAUACUGGUGUUCCUUGGGUAAUGUGUAGGCAAACAGAUGCUCCAGAACAAAUUCUCGAUACGUGCAAUGCCUUUUACUGCGAUGGGUUCAAACCAAAUUCCUACAACAAGCCAACAAUAUGGACUGAGGAUUGGGAUGGAUGGUAUGCCGACUGGGGUGAAGCAUUGCCACAUAGGCCUGCUCAAGACAGUGCUUUUGCUGUUGCUCGUUUUUAUCAACGUGGUGGAAGCUUGCAAAAUUAUUACAUGUAUUUUGGUGGAACAAAUUUUGAGCGGACAGCUGGUGGUCCACUUCAGAUAACUAGCUAUGAUUAUGAUGCACCAAUUGAUGAAUAUGGUAUCUUAAGGCAACCUAAGUGGGGGCAUUUGAAAGACCUACAUGCAGCUAUUAAACUUUGUGAACCAGCUCUUACUGCAGUAGAUGGCUCACCUCGUUAUGUAAAAUUAGGGCCCAUGCAAGAGGCACAUGUAUAUUCCAGUGAAAAUGUCCACACAAAUGGAAGCAUUUCAGGAAGUGCACAGUUUUGCUCAGCUUUUCUUGCCAACAUUGAUGAACAUAAAUAUGCUUCAGUUUGGAUUUUUGGAAAAUCUUAUAGUCUACCACCAUGGUCUGUGAGCAUACUACCAGACUGUGAAACUGUGGCUUUUAAUACAGCCAGGGUUGGUACACAAACGUCAUUUUUUAAUGUCGAAUCUGGGUCCCCCAGUUAUUCAAGUAGACAUAAGCCUAGAAUUCUAUCCCGUGGUGGCCCCUAUCUCUCAACUACUUGGUGGGCUUCUAAAGAACCUGUUGGCAUAUGGGGUGAAGGCAUCUUUACUGCUCAGGGGAUAUUAGAGCACUUAAAUGUGACAAAAGACAUCUCUGACUACCUUUCAUAUACUACCAGAGUGAACAUUUCUGAUGAGGAUAUUUUAUAUUGGAAUUCAGAAGGUUUACUUCCAUCACUAACCAUAGAUCAAAUUCGCGAUGUUGCGCGCAUAUUUGUAAAUGGGAAGCUUGCAGGUAGUCAAGUUGGUCACUGGGUCUCACUGAAUCAACCACUUCAAUUGGUUCAAGGACUUAAUGAGUUGACAUUGUUAUCAGAGAUUGUUGGCUUGCAGAACUAUGGUGCUUUCUUGGAGAAGGAUGGUGCUGGAUUUAGAGGUCAAGUAAAACUUACUGGCUUGUCAAAUGGGGAUAUUGACCUUACUAAUUCUCUUUGGACAUAUCAGAUUGGUUUGAAAGGUGAGUUUUCAAGGAUCUAUUCUCCUGAGAAUCAAGAAUCUGCUAAGUGGAGUAGCAUGCAGAAUGAUGACAUACUUUCACCCUUCACAUGGUUCAAGACUAUGUUUGAUGCUCCAGAAGGUAAUGGCCCUGUUGCCAUUGAUCUUGGGAGCAUGGGAAAGGGCCAGGCUUGGGUGAAUGGGCAUCUCAUUGGGCGCUAUUGGUCACUAGUUGCGCCAGAGUCUGGGUGUCCAGUCUCAUGCAACUACGCAGGAACAUACGGUGAUAGCAAGUGCCGAUCGAACUGUGGAAUUGCUACACAAAGCUGGUACCACAUACCACGCGAAUGGUUGCAAGAGUCAGGCAAUCUAUUGGUACUCUUCGAGGAAACAGGGGGAGACCCUUCUCAGAUAUCGCUGGAGGUUCACUACACCAAAACAGUCUGCUCAAAAAUAUCUGAGACUUACUAUCCUCCCCUUUCUGCCUGGUCACAUGCUGCCAACGGUCGUCCCUCAGUAAAUACGGUAGCACCGGAGCUUCGCUUGCAGUGCGAUGAGGGGCAUGUGAUCUCGAAGAUUACGUUUGCGAGUUAUGGGACCCCUACAGGAAGUUGCCAGAACUUCUCUGUAGGGAAUUGCCAUGCGUCGACUACACUAGACUUAGUGGCCGAGGCCUGCGAAGGCAAGAACAGAUGUGCGAUCAGUGUUACCAACGAUGUAUUUGGCGAUCCGUGCCGAAAAGUCGUCAGGGAUUUGGCAGUUGUGGCCGAGUGCUCCCCGCCCUCAGCUAACGAAGAACCUCGAGAUGAUAUGUGA